GGUGUGCAGGCGCUUUGGGCUCCUCUGCUGUAUAGCUGCACCCCAUGAGGCCAUAGAGGAAUAACGGUGCUUUGCUGGAGGCGCCCACCUCGUCUUUUAAACGCUUUUGGGGAGAGCAGGGCUGUGCUACACCAGGAUUUUAGGCACCUGUAGUUAUUAUAGGGCCUGCUUUCACUCAUGACCCCGUUGCUCCUGGUGAUGCGAAGGAUAAUAUGAUUACUAAAGGAUAUUGCCCUUUCCGGUGUGCAGGGACAGGGGCAGCUCACAGGUGCAAUGUAUACGUGUAAUGUAUAUGUGCAAUUGCAUAUGCUAAUGACAACGUUGGGCUUUGACAUGCAAUUAGAAGAUAGCCCCCUUUCUUUCCAGGGGAUGGAGAAAUAGUUUUUGCAUCUCUUCCUCCUUUUUCCCACAUCAGAAUUCUUCCUGCCUUAUCUGCCCUGACUCUGGAUGCAUACAGACUUCAUGUACCAGGGAUGUCAAUGGAACGCCUGGUCAGAGCAGUUAAUUACAUCCUUAAUUCAUCUCCCCAUGUUCCCAAGGCCCAUUAUAACAUAAUGGUUUUGUUUACCCAGCCUCCUAAGGAAUUCCUGGUCAGACUUGCAGUGCCCAACCUUCCUGUUUGGCCUGUUGCAACCCUGACUCCUCAUCAAGCGUGGUCCUUUUGCUGUUCCAGAAGGACCUGGGUGUGAAUCCAGUGCGCUGGUCAGCAGGUACCAGCAGGACCAGUGGCACUUUUGCUAUUACACAACUGGCAACUCGCGCAUCCCAGAGCGUGACUCACUGCUUUUGAUGCGCUUCCCUGAAUGCUCAGGAAUAACGAGACACAUCUUGCAUUGCAUGGAAAGGAUGCUGUUCCCCCUGCCUCUGCGGGUAGCCUGCAGUCUGCUUGCCUGGUUCUCUCUCUACACUUGGUUCUGCCAUCGCUACAAGCACCGGAAUUAUGAAUGGAGCUGCAGGCUGGUCACGCUGACCCACGGCAUCCUUGCUACCUGCCUCUCUGCUUACGUUGGUUUUAUUGAUGGUCCCUGGCCUAUGAGUCACCCAGGAUCACCAAACACAACUAUCCAGGUACAUGUGCUGUGCCUUAGCUUGGGCUACUUCCUCUUUGACCUCUGUUGGUGUGUGUACUUCCAGACAGAGGGUGCCCUGAUGCUGGCCCACCAUCUGGUGAGCAUCUUGGGUAUCACAGCAUCACUGGCACUCGGGGAGUCAGCUGCGGAGGUCAAUGCCGUCAUCUUUGGCAGCGAGAUCACUAACCCGCUGCUGCAGGCUCGCUGGUUCCUGAAGGAGAUCGGCUGUUACCACAGUUUCACAGGUGACGUGGUGGAUUUCUUCUUCGUGGUCCUCUUCACUGGGGUGCGGAUCGGAGUGGGGGCCUGGCUGAUGUACUGCGAGCUUGCUUCUCCCAAGCCCAGGUGGUACAUUAAGCUGGGUGGCGUCAUCAUGUACGCUGUCUCCUGGGUUUUCAUGGUCAGCAUCUGCCGCUUCGCUCGGAGGAAGAGCAUGAAGAAGUACCACGCCUGGAGGAGUCGGAAGAGUGAGGAGUUAUACUUGAAAACUAAUGGGCAUCUGAAAACCCAUUGAUGGGAUGCUGAGUAAAGACUUCCUCGAGUUCGCAAUCUGGCAAGGAGGGGAUCGUGCCUGAAAUGCCACUGUUGGGAGAGGAGCCAACACACGUUAGCAGUUCUGGAGCCAAAUUUAUCCCUGGCAUAACUCCACUGAAAUCCAUGGAGCUAUGCCAUGGAUUCAUUGGAUCUGCAGUGUUUGGCCUGGCAGAGGCUGGCUCAAUGUCUACGUAAGCAUACACUAAACGAUACGAGCGAAAGAAGGGCUAAUUUUACUGACUAAACAUAACCAGUCCAGCAGUGCAGGUGUAAAUAGUAAUUUUCAUAGCUAACUCCUUCAGCAGUGGUAGAAUCUUGGCAAAGAGGAGGACAUAACACUAGAUCUUCACGUUCAGAGUCCUGUACAGUCUAGCCAGUUAGAGAGACUCUUCAUAGUGUUAGGAAGAAGCAUCUUCUAGUGUUUUGUCAGAGUUGGGAUUCCUGGCUCUUCCACCAACUUGUUAUGUGACCUUGGGCAAGUCAUGUAACUCUAACUCUGUGCCUCAUUUCCCCAUCUGUGAAUUGGGGGUGAUGGAGCUGAUCCAUCUGCGUUAUGCACUUUCAGAUUUUCACUUGAGAGGUGCUAUAUGAGUGCAAAAUGAGGGUUGGUAUCUGCACUUCAUUCAUUAUCCCUGUGUUUCCUUUGGGAGAAACUUAUUUUGGUGGUUGAGCUAGAGUGUGGCUCUAGAGAGAACAGAAUUUUAGGUAGGUGGUUGUUUCCUACCCUAAUUCCUUUCAGUAACUUACUCAGUAGUGUCCAGGAGCUCUCAUCAGCACUGGCGCCUUCCUCUGUGAGUACACCCAAAGACACAGCCCCCGGUGCAAAAUGCUUUUCUGACUCCUUCUCUCUUCAUCCCUCACUGUUAAAACUCCACCCACCCCUUCCAAAUACUGCUAUUAGCUCCUUGAGUGGCUACCACCGUUCUGAGAAGCUCAACAAGCUUGUUUCCUCAGAUCCGAAUUGGGAUUUCGGGUUGAAGAAUGGCCAAUGCACAUCUUCAAAUCACAGUGGCUAAGAUGGAAAAGCUACUCGGCUUCAAAUCUGUCCUGUGCCCUGUUCAAGACAGAGACUUAUCCUUGGCUAUCCUUAUCUGAAUUGACGCCUUGACCUCUUGUCUUUGAAUUCACUUCUGUCUCCCUGAUUGGAUCUGUGU